UUUGCAGUUCUACAACGCUUGCUGGGUGUGCCUUUUCGAAACUGAUAGCGGUUAUCAUUGCGAGGACUCCAAUGCGUUUUGCGAUAUUAACUUUUUAGUUUUAUUUAGUUCGGUACACUGACUGAAUGAGAUUAUUAAAACCUCAAAAAUGGCAGAGGAAGAAAAAGAUGAUGAGGAAAUGAUGGCUCCUACUACAACUAUAGAAACCGUUACGAUUACAAGGCCGCUCAAGGUAAUUGCAUUUAUAUGUGGGCUUAUCGUUAUCAUAUUAAUGAUAAUGGGAUUGGCGUCCACCGAUUGGUUGAUGGCCGCCGGAUGGAGACAGGGUUUGUUCGUCCAUUGCAUAGAAGAGAACGCGCAACAACCUCUGCCAUUUAACUUGCAAGAUCCUCCAGGAUGUUAUCAAUCCAGAGAUUCCGGUAACUUUGUUUCCAUUCUUAUCGCUCUUAUCAUCUACCCUGUAUGUUUCGCGAGAGAGUUAAAUUUAGGUAACCGUACGAUAUGGGAAUUCGGCUGGGCGUAUGGGGUCGGAUGGGGGGCAGCAAUAUUUCUUUUCGGCGGUGUUGUUCUUUUAAUGUGCGACAAAGAAAACGAACAAAUUUACUACAAGGAGCGAAAGAUAGUACACGACAAUGAUUCGAGAGCCUAGUGGCCACAAAGUCUGCCCGACGUUGUUCUCUAAAAAUCGUAAAAUGUGUUCCGCGUGAUUGCAUGAAUGGACGUUUGAAUGUGCACCAUAUUAGUGUUACUUGUAAAUAUAUUGCACGAUUUAGUUGCCUACAAAAUCUACAGUUUUGCCUUGGGGUAUACCAUUUUCUUUAGUUUCAUUAAAUUUUUUUCCGAAUUAGGAAUUAAAAUAAAUAUGAUAUAUUUUUUUGGGGACAUUCUUGUGAAUCACUUUCUAUAUUUAAUUACAUUUUUUCUUGUGCAAAUGACUAGUUACGUUUUAAAGGCACUUUGGUGUUUAAAAAGACUGACGACUACAAGGCAUAAAAUUGCGUAAAAAGGCAAUUAAAUCAGGCAAAUUUCUUAAUUUAUUUCGUUUUGCUUGCCUGGUAUUCCCGCCAGUGAGCUGUUUUGUGCUCGUUACCAUUUUAAUAACGGUCAAUUUUAUGGCACCCCUGCAAUAUUUGUUAACAGUAUAAAAGAUUGCCAUUGGCGAAGGUGUAAUUAGUACAUCACUUAAAGUAUGACAGGUAAGAUAACGAAUAUUGACAGGGUUGCCAUUAGUUGAUUGUUCAUUGGAUGUUUGCAUAGAACGACUGAGAGACAACGCGGGCAGGCUUGUUGUGAGUAGUGCAAAUACUAUGUUACACCAUAUAUUAAUCAUAAUAAAUCUAUACAUUCAUGCUAUGGACAUUUGACGAACUGCAGCUAUGAGGCAAAAAUAGGUCGUACAAUUAUUAAUUAGAUAUGUCGAUAAAGAAUCGUGAAUGUCGGUAUGUGUGAUGGAUGUAAAAUAUAUAUACAGGGCAAGAAAAAAAUUCGUUGUAAUUGUAAUUGCUUCGUUUUGAUUUUUCCACCAAUUUUUGUAUUGGAAUUGUACAUUAAUAUUAUUUCACUGUAAUGCAUGCGACACGUAUUAUAUUUCUUUUUGCUCUGUAUAAAAUCAUUGCGAAGUGUUUUAAAAGAAUAAUAACAUGUGUUUGGUGAAAAACUGAAAUGAGAUCAACAAAAAUUCUAGCUAUUCUUUUUAGAUUUAGGACACUGUUUUUUUCGUUCUGUUAAUAUCCAUGCCUUUUCUAGAUUUAUAAACAUGAUUAAUUUGAAGGUCUUUGCAAAAGAUAGUUUCAUUAUUCUCGUCAUUCCUUAAUUAUGAGCACAACACUUGUUGUUACACUUUUAUUUGUACAUGCAGUGUAUAUUGUCGUACGUUCAAUAAAGUACAUAACAAUAAUAACGAAAAAUCGGUGAUAUUUUGCAAAAUACUUCUCAACUACCUAGAAAUCUAGAAAAGUCAAAUAAAAAAAUUGAUGAAAACGUUAAGUAAGGUAACUCUGUGCUAAAUUUAAAAAGGGUAGCUGAAAGCUUAUUAAUUUUUCAGCAGAUUUCUGAGGAAUUUUCCUUACGUUGUAAACCACUGUAAUAUUUAAAAACACUUCGUACAUUGUAAAUAGCCUUAGCUUAGGACUGUAUAAAAUUAUAAUAUAAAAAGUAAUAUUAUAGCAAGACGCGAUAAAAAUUAAUGAAUUCUAUUUACAUUAUGUACAAACUAAUAAGAAUUUAAUAAGAAUACUCGAUUGCUAAUUACAAGUGCAAAUGGAUAAAAAUUUACUUUUCUCGUAACAAAGACUGUUAAAAAAAAAACCGAGGGAGCUUCAUUAUCAAAAGCACAGUAGCGGACCCUCAGAAUGUGAUUCGUAAUUUUAAUUGUAAGCAAUGAGAACGUUUUUCAUUAAUUUGGUGAUUUAAUGUUUCCACUUAUUUUAUGGAAUUGACCUGUACUUGAUGUUCCUUAACAUACUUUCUUUAAUGUAGCUUUGUUACAUCCUCAUAUUUUUUUUAGAGUAAAAGAAAAACUAUCAACAUGCUUGCAUAUCUGUAUACCUAUUAAUUUUGUAAUAACUGUUUAAUUAUUGGUUGAUACGCGCAAAUUUCAGUAGUUUACUCUCACACCUCUAAGGCAGUCAUUACGUUUUAAAUGCUGAAUAAUGUGAAAUGCAUCUAAAAUAUUAGAGAUUACUCUCUUUUCUCUACUCGCUCCUUGACUUAGAUUUUUAUAUGCAUAAAUGAGAGUACCUUUACAAAUUUCUUACUCACGUUUUUAUGAACUUUAAAUGAAGUGGCUACUUUAAAACUGUGAGACUAAUCACUCAAUUUUAUGUUUUUACAAUAUACUCUAUGUAUAUUUAAUUACUUGUAGUGAGUACCAUGUUGUUGUGAGAAAGGAUAUUCCAAAUUGUAGAUGUAGGUUUUUGAGAAGUUAUUCAAUCAAUUUUUUGCUUUGAAAUAACAAUAACAAACAUAUCCAAAUAUUACCAUGCAUAAUACCCUACACCUAUUUACGAUAAAUUCAUAACGGUAAACGAUUAAUGUGGUAUAACAUUUGCUAAAAAUACAUAUCUGAUUAGUUUGUAGAUACAAAUUGUUGUUCUGUCAUCUGUUUUAGUGAACACAAAAUUGAUAAUAGUUAAGAAAGACGUAUACUUUCUUGUAAUGUUGCUAUUUUUUUUUUAUUAUUUUUUUGUAAUAUGUGUAUUUUUGUUGGUAGAAAAAUAUCUUCGGUAAAGGACUGUUGAUGAUUAAGAGUAUGACAAUUGGGUUUACAAUGAAUUCAUUAAGUUUGCUAAGAGGUUUUUAUUGUUAUUUAUGCUUAUUGUAAGAAUUCAUAAAGUUUAGGAUCACUCCAAUAGUUAAAAGCAAUUAUUUUGGUAGUCAAACUUCGCAUUUUGGACAUUUGGAUGAAGUACGUCGUCUUAGUCGAAUUAUUUAUUGGAUUGAUCUUUAAUGUUAUAAAUUAUUAAGAUACGUAUAAGGAACAAUAACAAAAAGCAUUUCAGCAAAGCAUUGCUAUGGGAGUUACAUUCAUACUCUUAUUGACCUUAGUCUUUUAAGAGCAACAUAAAUGAAGUACUUUGUUGUCUUUUGUAAAGUCUAUACAAAAGGAGUCCAAUCUCUGUAUAAAAAUGGACGGUUUUCAGGCUAGCCUGGUUUUCACGUUAUGACAUGAAAAUUGGACUCAUCGCAUAAAGACUUCAUCAUUUAGUGUAAUAGUAUCCAUGUUAUGUAAUUAUUUCUCUAAUUUAUGAUUUGUGAGCAGCAAUUUUUGAAUUUAUUCUUAAAAUUUAAGAAUGGUAAGUGUAUAUUAAGCUGGACCAAACCUAUUUGGUACUUUCUUCCAAUUUUUCGCUUUUCUAUUUCGCCCUUACACAAAUAAGAAAUGUUUGUUUUUGUUGUAAUAUUUUAUGAAAUGGAAUAUCAAACGUGUAUUAAUGAUUGUAAAUUACUUUUUUGCUUGGACAAAAUGAAAAUAAAAUAAUUAUUUAAUGUACUCUCA